AUGCCAUCCAGAGAUCUGGUGAAUCUCAUUUUCCAUUAUCAGUUCAAAUCGCGACUCAUCGCCAAAAAAAACCGAGACACACUUUGCAUCAUUUUCAUGUCCAACAUCUCUGUUGUUCAUGCUGAAGACAGCACGGGGACUAGAAAAAGAAAGAGAAGAAAAUCCAAGAAGCCAAAGGUGGAUGCUCAAGUGGAAGAUGUUACUGAUGUCCGUGUGAAUAGAACUAAUAAGAAGAUCAAGUUCGAUUCAAUCUCAGGUGAAGACGAAGAAGAAGAGGUGUCACCAGCAAAACAAACCCCUCAAAUAGAGCCUGAAUAUGAACCAAGUGGGAGUUUAACUGAACCCGCUUUGAAUAAGGAUACUGUUCAGAGAGACAAUGCAAAUUUUUCUCCAGUUCAGGUAGAGAAACCAAAACAUGAAGCAGAGUUGAAAGCCUCCAUUAAGCGAAAGCCCUUAAAAUCGAAGAAAUCAAAAAAAGCAACAUUUUACGAAGGAAGUGAUGGGGAUGAUGAUGAAAAUGACGAAGAUGAUGCUCUGGCUUUCAAAAUAAACUCUGGCGUUCUGAAAUUAGAAAGGUCUCAGAAGGCAAAGGAGUUGUUGAAAGUCCGUGAGAACUUACCAAUAUAUCAACACAAGGAUAAGAUUAUUGACUACGUGACUAAUAACCAGGUCACCGUUAUCAUUGGUGAGACAGGUUCUGGUAAAUCCACUCAGAUCCCCCAGUUUUUAAUGCCAUUAAACAAAAAGAGGGUUGCUGUUACUCAACCUCGUAGAGUGGCAGCUGCGUCUUUGGCAGCUAGAGUCAGUGAAGAAUACGGUUGUGUUUUAGGUGAAGAGGUUGGUUACCAAGUUAGAUUCUCCAAUAUCACGAGUUCCAAAACACAGUUGAAUUAUUUGACAGAUGGUAUGUUGAUCAGAGAACUUAUGCUUGAUCCCAAGCUUUCAAAAUAUUCCACGAUUAUUAUUGAUGAAGCGCAUGAAAGAACAGUCUUGACCGACCUCAUUCUUGGUUUUUUGAAGCAACUCAUUUCAAGUCGACAAAGAACAGACUUGAAGAUCAUUGUUAUGUCAGCUACACUUAAUGCGGAGCUUUUCAGCAAGUUUUUUGAUUACGCUCCCAUCCUCUUUGUCGAGGGUAAAAUGUAUCCUGUUUCCAGACAUUAUUUGAGCGAGUCAUCCGAGGACGUUGUUGAUACUAUGGUGAAGGCUAUAGUUCAAGUGAACAUGUCAGAACAGGAGGGCGAUAUCCUUUGCUUUUUGCCGGGUCAAGAAGAAAUUGACAACUGUGUGACAAUCUUGAGUACUCUAGCUCCUCAACUUCCGAAAGAAGCGCCACUAAUUGUUCCUUUGCCACUUUAUGCUGCAUUGUCUCCUGGACAGCAGCUGAAAAUAUUUGAAAAGCUUUCUGGCCGUAAAAGGAAAGUGAUUAUCGCAACUAACAUUGCUGAAACUUCUAUCACUGUUAGUGGAGUCAAGUUUGUCAUAGAUUCGGGUUUACGAAAGGUAAAGGUAUGGAAACAUCAAUUGGGUCUUUCCACCUUGCUCACAACUCCUAUUUCACAAGCUUCUGCUAAACAAAGAGCAGGUAGAGCAGGUAGAGAAAGUGCUGGUAAAGUGUUCCGUCUUUUCCCUGAGAAUGUAUUUCAUUCCAAACUUCCGAAACAGCAGGAAUCUGAAAUCAUGAGAAACGAUGUAAUUUUACCUAUUUUAACUUUGAAGAAAAUGGGUGUCGAUGAUCUUCUCAAUUGGACUUGGUUAGAACAUCCGGGCCAAGAAGCGAUUAUCAGUGCUUUGAAUACUUUGUAUUCUUUGGGAGCCCUAGAUGAUUCGGGUAAGGUCACUCCUUUGGGUUAUAAGAUGGCCAUAUUACCUCUUCCUCCUGCCCUUUCAGCUGUUUUGAUUGGUGCUUCAGAUUAUGGUGUGCUACAAGACGUUAUAGAUAUUGUCUCGUGUCUUUCGGUUGAUAACCUCGUUCUCAAUAUCGGAGGCAAUGGAGAAUUGCGGGACGAAAUAAAUUACAAAAGAAGACAAUAUUGUCCGUUGGGAAAUACCCUGGGAGACCUCAUUGCUUUGAAAGAGUAUUUUACCUACUUUGAAAAGCUUCAUAGGGAGAAGAAUAUUUCUGAGUUGAAGAUGUGGUGCAAGGACCUCUUUUUCAGCUACAGGGGCUUCAUCAAUGUUUUAAAGGUUAGAAGACAAUUGACAGAUUACAUGAUCACUACAAUCAAACUGGAUGAUAGCUUGAAUCAAAAUGAAAAAGAUGCACAAUUGAAGAAGAUGAAGGCACAACUUGCACUCCAAUCAUCAAACACGGAGUCCUCGGGUGAAGAGGAAGAAAACUUUCUUGACCUCAAACAGCUGUUGGACAUCCCACUGAUUCUUAAAUCCUUCUUGAAAGGAUACGCAUUGAACACAGCUAUUGGAAUGCCAGACCGAUCAUUCCGUACAUGUGCUACGGGUCAAUUGAUCAGUAUUCAUCCAUCAUCCAACCUUUUUGGUAAAUCCAAUCUCGAUGCCAUCAUGUACAUCGAGUAUGUUUAUACCGCCAAAUCCUAUGGGCGUAACUGCUCUCUGAUUGAAUUAAGUUGGCUUCAGGAGGUCGCACCCCACAUUCUAGGUGGAUCCAAAAUUAGUAUUACUGACUGA